AUGCCACCAUUGCAACAAACUCAGGGCAACAAGUUAAGUUACAAAGUACCUGGCUUCGUUGACGAGGCCCAUCAGUCAGUCCCACCUGCCUCCCUCGUCAUCGAGCACCAGCGUGCUGCUCAUCCCCGUCAUCCUUGGUUGGCGCGCAAACAAACGGACACGUUUCCUCAAACAACCGCCUCUGCUCUUCAUCACCCUUUUGCCUCAUUUGUGCGACCACCCCGACGCAUCGGCGCGCCGGAGCUGCCUCUCUCCGCCGAGGGCACGGGCCGGCCACCUGUUUGCAUGCAAGCCAUUGUCGCAUUGUCGAGCCCCCCCUUCAUUCAUCGAUCCAAAUUUGGGCCACUCACCCAUGGUCGUGUCUGUCCAGCACUUUGUGCAAGCACCCAAGCCGCAUUUACUACCGCACGUGCCGCCACGAGAUCCCAGCUCCCGUCAUGCAGGCACAGGCGCGCUUCCGACGUGGCCCAAUGGCGCUUGCAGCCUCGUGGCCUCUGCUACCAUGUUUAG